AUGGGAAAGAUAAUCUUCUACGAGGACAAGAACUUCCAGGGUCGCUCCUAUGAGUGCACCGUCGACUGUGCCGACCUGCACAUCCAUUUCAGCCACUGUAACUCCAUACAAGUGGAGAGCGGAAGCUGGAUGGUCUAUGAGCGGCCCAACUACAUGGGCUACCAAUACUUUCUGAGAAGGGGAGAGUAUCCCGACUACCAGCGCUGGAUGGGCUUUAAUGAUUGUGUGAAAUCCUGCCGCAUGAUUCCUCAAAAUCAGGGAGCACACAAGAUGAGAAUCUACGAGCGCUCUGACUUUGGCGGUCAGAUGUUGGAGUUUGCCGAUGACCUCCCCUCCCUCUAUGAUCGAUUCCAGUACAAUGAUAUCCACUCCUGCAAUGUUAUGGAGGGGUAUUGGCUCUUCUAUGAGCAUCCCAACUACAGAGGCAGGCAGUACCUCCUGAGGCCUGGCGAGUACAGGAGAUACAGUGACUGGGGAGCCAUCAAUUCAAGGAUUGGUUCAAUCAGACGUGCUGUUGCUCAUCCAAACUGA